AUGAUGAAUGGCGAAAAUGGGCAGGGCAAAUCAAUAUAUAUGACACAAUCUUUCUUGGAAGUGUCAUAUGAAAAUUCCAUGACCGUGAUGAUGAAAGGGCUAGAGAUUGAGCUAGUGAAAAUCUUGACUAUGUUCACAACUAUCGACUUGUCGCACAAUUCAUUCGAAGGAGAAAUUCCUGGAGUAAUUGGACAUCUUCACUCUCUCAUAGGGCUCAACCUUUCUCAUAACCACCUUACAGGUUCUAUCCCUUUGACUCUAGGAAACUUGACUAAUCUUGGAUGGCUUGAUCUUUCUUCAAACGAGCUUAGUGGGGUAAUUCCUAGAGUACUGGGAGAUUUGGCGUCCCUUGGAUACUUAAAUCUCUCGAAGAAUCAACUUUUCGGUAGAAUUCCUCAAGACAAGCAAUUGAGCACAUUUUCAAGUGACUCGUUUGGUGGGAAUCCAGGCUUAUGUAGAACUCCAUUGAUAAAAGCUUGCCCUGGCGAUGCUCAACCUCCUCCACCAUCAUCCUCGUCAACUUUCGACCACGAAGGGCACGAGAGUUGGUUCAAACAAAAAGCAAUGUGGAUAGGUUAUGCGUCAGGAAUUGUAGUUGGGAUUUCCAUUGCAUACAUUGCAUAUGAAACGAGAACACCCAAAUGGCUUCCGCGAGGUGUGAGAAUAUUGGAGAGAAGAGUGGCCAAGUUGAUGGAGAAGCCAAAACGGAGGGCGAUCAAAUUUCAUUGA